AUGAUUUUAGGCGUGGUCAUACUAAUAUCUUGGGGGAGCCUUUCAAGAGGUGUAAUUUGUAACUACAUGCAACUUCUUAUCUUUUUCCUGCACUUGUGCAUUGUUGCCACUGAUGUUGCAUCUCGUGGUCUAGACGUUUCUGGGGUUGCUCAUACCAUGGAAGAUUAUGUACACCGUAUCGGUAGGACAGGCCGUGCUGGAUCAACAGGCCGAGCUACUUCAUUUUACACUGACCGUGAUACGUUCCUUGUCACCCAAAUAAGGAAAGCAAUAGCAGAUGUGGAAUCUGGCAACACUGUGGCUUUUGCCACUGGGAAGGUUGCUAGACGGAAGGAGAGAGAAGCAGCAGCUGCCCAAAAAGACGCUCAGAUUGCACUGUCCAAACUCGCACUGAUGGGACCCACGUCAAUAAGUGUGGAGGAUAAGUACAAGUACAUGAUUGCCCCGUCUAUGUUCAAGAAAGAGGGUGUAGCAGAUGGUGCUUGGGAUGAUUGA